AUGUCUUUUCCAAUUCAUCUUAUUUUUCCUGUUUAUAAUUUUCUUUAUCAAACGCCCAUUACUACACAAAAUUCACAAACGCAUUUACAUCUGCAGAUCGAUCAUCCAGUAUCUCCAGGUUCUCGAGGGUUACGUCACUUUCUGACUCGCAUAACUGAUGAACUUCGUCAAAAACACCGCGAAGAAAUUUUCCGUGUAAGCCUAGCUGAUCUGCGUCGUGUUGCCGAUAACUUGUCAGAGUCUCGUUUUCGCGGUCGUGAUGAAUCAAAUUUCUGCAGGGUUGUGUUUGGACCCCAACAGUCUAAUGAGUGGAAGCUAGAUCCAAAGCAGGAAGCUGAUUGGCAGACUGUGUCCAUGUUUUCAUAG